AUGUCAUUUGACUUUUUGUUUCAGAUUUCUAUUAGAAACACUGUUCUUGAUCGAGAAAAAUGCAAUUUUUCAUCAGAUUCUCUUUGUGUUGGUAUUGUUCAUACCCAAUCGAUUUGUCUUUGUGUACCACAUAAUGAUCGAAUAUCUUUAACUAAUUUCACAUGUGCCUGUCAAGAUGGAUUUUCUGGUAAAAGAUGUGAAUAUGAAGAUGUCAAAAUUGAUAUUUCAUUUUACGAUAUAUCUAUUCCUCAAUCUCUUGUGGUUCAUUUUAUCACAGUUCGCGAACACGAUUUAGAAAGUCUGAAUCCAGUACCGAUUCGAUCAAGACGCCAUUACUUUUUUAUGUCAUUACCAUUUCAUCUUAUCGUCGUUCAACUCAAUGGCAAAUUUUAUCUGACUGUGCUUCAACAUAUUUAUACACGGUCAGUAACAAUCCCAAUAAAAAUUGCUCGAUCACAAUAUUAUACACAAUGUCAAUUUAGUACGCAACAAUUUGGUCUUUCGUUUGGCGCAAUUUUAGGCUAUCAGAUUCGUUCGAAUCUACCUAUUAGUAGACAAUCUAUAUAUGUGAAAAUUAGUGUUAUUGUAGCAUCGAUCAUGUUACUGUUUGGUUUGAUUUCUGGAAUUCUAUCGAUUUUAACUUUUCAGUCGAAACCAUGUCUAAAAGCCGGUGUUCUAACUGCAGAUGUUGUGGCACCUCACUAUUUCAAAGACAUCAUUUCACUGUUUUUUGGUAGUAUGGCAUUUGGUUAUGUUGUAGAAAAAGCCAAUCUUCAUCGACGCAUUGCUUUGUUUGUACUGAGUUGGGUUGGUAUGGCAACUAAAUGGAUCAUGGCGGGUAUGAUGGGAGCAACGGCAUUUCUUUCAAUGUGGAUGAACAAUACUGCAUCGACAUCAAUUAUGUUGCCUGUAGCGUUGGCCGUUGUUCAUGAACUUGGAAUUUACAGUGAAAAUUCUCUCAACAGACAGCAAGCUGUUCAAAUGUAUCUAGUUGCAUUCGAUUCUACAAAUGGAGAAGAGUCCGACGACAACAAAAUUGAAGAGCUCACUCAUACUACUCAAAGUUGUCAAAGACCAAAAUCAAAAACUUUUGUGGAGACCAAUACUCACUUUAAAUUACUAUGCUGUAAACGACAAAAACCUGAAGUCGACGAUAGCUCCAAGAAAAAACAUGACCAGUUAAAGAAAGGAUUUCUACUUGCCGUAGCCUAUUCAUCAUCUAUUGGUGGACUAUCUAGUUUGGUUGGUACUACACCUAAUGUUUAUCUGAAAGGUUUUGUAGAGAGACACAUUACUGACGGUACUGUAGCUAUCUUCUGUGGAAUACUUCCGUUAAUUUUACCAGACAGUAGUCCAUUUAAUCGCAAACACGAUUGGAAAUAUGAGCCCAUUGUAAAAUGGACUCAAUUGGCACAGAAUGUGUCAUGGGGUUCAAUACUAUUGCUUGGUGCUGGUCUCACAAUCGCCACUGCUUUUGAAAAAUCAAAAUUGUCGGAUAGCGUGGCACAAAUCCUUGGCUUUGUAUCUGGUGUGCCACGAGCUGCGGCUAGUAUUAUCAUAAUUAUUGUUAGUGGAUUUUUUACUGAAGUAACUUCAAAUACAAGUACGGCCAGCAUCUUUUUACCCGUAUUGGAUUCAGUGGCAACGUCUUCUGGUAUCCAUCCAGGUUUUCUCAUUCUUCCUUGCACACUGGCUGUCUCUCUUGCAUUUAUGCUACCUAUAGAUACACCACCGAAUGCUAUUGUUUUUUCCGGUGGUGCCAUUCGAGUUAUCGAUAUGAUUAAAACUGGCAUAGUAAUUAAUCUCAUCGGUUUUCUUGUCAUCUUUAUCACUGCUAAUGCAUGA